AUGGAUCCCAACGCUGGAGUGUCGGUGGAGGAGAUGAUGGACCUGCCGCGGCCGGCCAAUCACGUAGAAGAGCGGGAGGAUCCACUGCGGCAGCCGGAGAUCUCGCAGGAACACGUCGAACAGGCCCGGGCGGCAGGCACAAAUCCCGCAAACACCGCAGACGCCAAAAGACGACUCAUGCGGGAUUUAAAACAAUUACAGCGGAGUGGCAAUACGUGUUUCUCAGCCAGUCCCAUCAAUGGCGAUCUCUUUCACUGGAGAGCUGUGGUGAUUGGGCCAGAUCACACCUCAUGGGAGGGUGGUAUCUUUAAACUUCGAUUGGACUUCACAAAUGAAUAUCCAUGUUCCCCACCAGUGGUGCGGUUUGUGACAAAGAAUGUUUUUCAUCCAAAUGUGUACGUCGAUGGAAGUAUUUGUUUGGAUACACUGAAGACUCACUGGAGCCCCACACUUGAUGUAGAGUCAUUGCUUAUGAUGAUCAUUUCACUUCUUUCGGAUCCUAACCCAUUAUCCGCUGCGAAUGGUGAGGCGGCGCAACUAUACACAAACUCAAGAGAGAAAUAUCAUGAACGGGUGCGGCGACUUGUGGAGGAAUCUCUUGAACAGGAUUUCUCAGAAGAAGAUGAAUAA